AUGACGGUCUUGACAAUUUCACAAACGUUUUCAUGGCUCCGGUGGUAUAUCACGGACAGCGUCUGCCUGAAACAGAAAAUGCUCAGCGCAACGGAUCCUCUUCAACAACAACAACAACAGAGAAGAAAAGACAAAAGACAAAAUGAUAAAGAAACGGUUCGGUUCAAUCAUUCCCUCUCCUUCGUUUGUUCUCCGAUGAUGUAUAGACCUUUUCAACCUCCAUCGCUAUUGAUUGAUCAGCUUUCACUUGAGUUUACAUACCUACUGGAACUAUACAAUGACUGGCUGUGGUUUUGUUUUCAAAAUACGUCUGACGUGCCCUUCACGAUUCAUGUUCAGGAAUUUCUCGGUGUUCACUUGUUUCAGAGACUAUACCUUUUUCUAUGA